GGAACUACUACAAACUUCAGGAAGCUGGAAGUUUCUUAUUAACGUUACGACUGCGUUUUUAACCUUUAACUACAGUUUAAAUUCCCGAGUUUUUGCGACAACAAACCGAGCGGCGGGUGAAAAUACUAUUGUUUUUGUGUUGAUUAUUUAAAAAAAAAAGCUGUCUUUGUAGAUCAACUGUGUGCAAGUGUAAAGCAGAAGGACGAGCAGGAAAUAAAGUCGCCACACAUCACUAACUAAAGAUGUUAGCCUCGAGUCUGCUGGCUAACUACUGUACCGAACUUCAUGAUGACCAAGCGCAUAAAGUGGACAAAUACCUGCACCAGUUUCAGCUGUCAGAUAAGACUUUGAUGGAUUUGUCAAUAAGAUUUCGACGAGAGAUGGACAAAGGCCUGUGCAGAGACACCAACCCUACAGCUGCUGUCAAGAUGUUGCCCACGUUUGUGCGCUCCACUCCUGACGGAACAGAACAAGGUGAAUUCCUGGCACUCGAUCUGGGCGGAUCCAACUUCCGAGUACUCCUGGUCAAAGUUAUGGCUGAUGGCAAGCCAGCGGUGGAGAUGGAAGAUCAGAUAUAUGCCAUUCCUGAACACCUCAUGAGAGGCUGCGGAUCUGAGUUAUUUGACCACAUAGCUGAUUGUCUGGCUAACUUCCUGGAGAAGUUGGGUAUAAAGGAUAAAAAGUUUCCUCUGGGUUUCACCUUCUCUUUUCCCUGUCAGCAGACCAAGUUGGAUGAGGCUGUUUUGGUGUAUUGGACCAAAGCCUUCAAGUCAAAUGGAGUAGAGGGAAAGGAUGUGGUCAGCCUUCUGAGAAAAUCUAUCAAAAAACGAGGGGACUUUGACGUUGACAUUCUGGCUGUGAUCAAUGACACAGUAGGAACCAUGAUGACCUGUGGCUACGAUGAUCAUCACUGUGAAAUUGGCCUCAUUGUGGGAACGGGGACCAAUGCCUGCUACAUGGAGCAAAUGAGGAAUCUUGAGCAGCUGGACGGUGACGAGGGCCGGAUGUGUGUUAAUACAGAGUGGGGCGCUUUUGGGGACGAUGGGGCCCUGGAGGACCUGCGCACCGACAUUGACCGGGAAAUAGACGCAGGCUCUCUGAACCCUGGCAAGCAGCUGUUUGAGAAGAUGAUCAGUGGCCUGUACAUGGGGGAACUGGUGCGUCUAAUCCUGGUGAGAAUGACCAAGGAGCAGCUGCUGUUCCAGGGCAAGACUACAGCAGAGCUCCUCACCACAGGAAGCUUCAACACCAGCUACAUCUAUGCCAUUGAGAAUGACAAAGAUGAGGAAGGCCUGGCGAGUGCAGAGAAGGUGCUCCGGGGCCUGGGUCUGGACCCGUUGGUUGAGGACUGCAUAUCCACUCAGAGGGUGUGUCAGAUAGUAUCUACACGGGCCGCACACUUGUGUGCUGCCACUCUAGUGGCAGUGCUGCGGCAGAUUCGGGAUAACAAAGCAGCUGAGAAGCUGCGUACGACUAUUGGCGUGGACGGCUCUGUUUACAAGAGUCAUCCAGAGUUUUCGAGGAGGCUCCACAAGAUGGUAAGGCGACUUGUGCCGGACUGUGAUGUGCGUUUUUUGCAGUCGCAGUGUGGCAGUGGGAAGGGUGCAGCCAUGGUAACAGCAGUAGCCUACCGCCUUGCCGCUCAACAUGCUGAGCGUCAGCGCAUCCUCGACACCUUGCGUUUAAGCCGUGAACAGCUGCUGGAAGUAAAGAGGCGAAUGAGUGAGGAGAUGAUGCGAGGCCUGUCGAAGCAAGCCCAUGAGCAGGCAAGCGUCAAGAUGCUUCCCACCUAUGUUAGAGCCACACCGGAUGGAACAGAGAAUGGCGACUUCUUGGCUUUGGACCUCGGGGGCUCCAGCUUUCGGGUACUGCUGGUGCGUGUGCGAAGUGGAAAGAGUCACAAUGUGGAAAUGCACCACAAGAUCUACACUAUUCCACAGGAGACUAUGCAGGGCACAGGGGAAGAGCUUUUCAGCCACAUUGUGUACUGCAUCAACGACUUUCUGGAAUACAUGGGCAUGAGUGGAGCAUCCUUACCUCUGGGAUUUACAUUCUCCUUCCCCUGUCAUCAAAGCAAACUGGAUCAGGGCAUUCUUCUAAAGUGGACGAAGGGUUUCAAAGCCAGCGGCUGUGAGGGACAAGAUGUUAUCACGUUACUUAAAGAUGCUGUCCGCCGCAGAAAGGGAUUUGACUUGAGCUUUGUGGCGGUGGUUAAUGACACAGUGGGAACCAUGAUGACCUGCAGCUAUGAGGACCCCAAAUGUGAAGUGGGACUCAUUGUAGGCACGGGGACCAAUGCCUGUUACAUGGAGGAAAUGCAGAACAUUGAACUGGUGGAGGGUGAUGACGGCUGUAUGUGUGUCAACAUGGAGUGGGGAGCAUUUGGUGACAAUGGCGAACUUGAUGACUUCUGCACCCAGUUUGAUCGCAUUGUGGAUGAUUGCUCUAACAAUCCUGGGAAACAGAGGUAUGAGAAGAUGAUCAGCGGCAUGUACCUGGGGGAGAUAGUGAGGAAUGUGCUCAUGGAUUUUACUGCCAAGGGCUUACUGUUCCGAGGCAAACUGUCCGAGCGACUCAAGACCCGAUGCAUCUUUGAGACAAAAUUCCUGGCACAGAUUGAAAGUGACCGCCUGGCCAUGCGACAGAUCCGCUCAAUUCUGCAGCACCUGGGCCUCACCAGCUCCACAUGCGAUGACUCAGUACUGGUGAAGGAAGUGUGCAGUGUGGUGUCACGCCGUGCAGCUCAGCUCUGUGGUGCUGGUUUAGCUGCUGUGGUCGACAAGAUACGACAGAACCGCAAUCUGAAUCAGCUUUCCAUCACCGUGGGAGUGGACGGCACCCUUUAUAAGACACACCCUCAUUUCUCCAGCAUCAUGAAGGAGACGUUGCAGGAUUUGUCACCGCAGUGCCAGGUGACUUUCCACAAGUCCGAGGAUGGAAGUGGGAAAGGAGCAGCACUGAUCACAGCUGUGGCCUGCAGGAUCAAGAGCGACGGGCAGCACUGAAUCGUCAAGACUGGUGGACAGGUAGAACCCAAAGCUCCUAUGACUGAUUUUUCUGUACCAGGUCACCAAAAUAAAGUCGCAUACACCUUGACCUGUUUAGCUCUUGAGUACUGAAAUGUUUAAUCUGACUUAUUUUGUGUGUGGGUUCAUACACAUAUGUACAUUUUUGGUUUGUGUUUGGAAUAUUUGUGGUGUGAGUUGACAUUGCAUAGGAUGGAGUCAGAACUUAGUUUGUGUGUUAGAGAAGAGUUACAGUACAUCUUCUGUGAAAUAGAACUGUUACGAGCUGUGGGGCUCUUUGUCUGUACCCUCCCUCCUUUUAUUUGCACCUUCACACCUGCAGGUUUCCUACCUGCUGACAACAUGUGUAUCAUAGCAAAUCAUAUAUCAGUUUUAGUAAUAAUGAUAAUCUUUAUUUAUAGAGCAUUUUUUUUAAAUCCUUGUUACAAAGUGCUUCACAAAGGCAGCAAAUUAAAACAGAUAUGUCAUGCAAUCAUCAGGUUUUAAAAGAAAACCAAUACAGUGCAGGAAAAGAAACAUUGUUUGACAGUUCAAGGAACUAAUACGUAUCAUUGUGAUCAUCACUUAGAUUGCCUGUCAUGUCCACCCACUACAUCGAUCCAUUGCUUAAUGCAGAUUUCCUAAAGUGAUCUAAAAUAUAUAAAUGCUAUAUCUUAGAAUUAUCUCUGAAAUUCUUAUAAACAGUGUAUAAGAAUAAUUGUUUAUUGAAUAUGAAAAACGUGUUAUGGGAACGAUGUUCAAGGUAAUACAUGGUUUUGUCAUGUAGACAUAGAUGACAUGAGUUAAGGAUGUCGGAUACUUAGGGAGACACAAUUUGGAGAAAAGUGAGAUUGUCAGAACACCUGAUAUUCCUCAAAUGGUUGUACAAAAAUAAACAAGUGUGUCCAUUCAA